AUGGUAGCUCGUGAAAUGGGGUCAUCGUUCAUCUGGAUCGACUCGCUAUGCAUUAUGCAAGAUUCCAAAGACGACUGGAAACGUGAGGCCCCGAGAAUGAGCGACAUCUACAGAGGCGCAGUCCUCAAUAUCGCGGCAACAUCUGGAGCUGAUACCGAUGCAGGAUGUCUGCCAAGCAGGAUGCAGUUCUCUAUGGAGCCGCUUGUUAUAACAUUGCAAGGAACAGAUUUCCCUGACGGCCACUAUACCCUCUACGACCACAAGGCAUGGGUUGUGCAAGAGAUUCUGCUCGCACCAAGAGUUUUGCACAUGUGUGCAACCGAGAUGUUCUGGGAGUGCCCGGAAUUGAGGGCCUUUUGCGGCUCAUAUGGACACGCAACUAACCUGGCAAGGGGUGGAAAUCCAGCCGCUCCGACCGGCCUUCUCUGGGAGUCGUGGAGGGAGGUCGUCGAGGUCUACACAAAAUGUGGCCUCACAUACCCCCGCGAUAAGCUGGUUGCAAUAUCCGGCCUUGCGAAACUCAUUCAGAGCAUCUUCAACGUCGAUUACUCAACGGUAUCCACCACCUUCAUAUCGAGCACCGACGUGGUCCUGGACGCGUACCAAGGAUAG